UCACCGAUCAAAGGAAAGAACCGAAGAUUUCGGCUCAGUCAUGUGAUCAGCUGUGUCCAAUCACAGCUGAUCUCAUGGGACAUGUACACUGAUCAUCAGGGCACUGAUGAUCAGUGUAGCCCCAGCAGUGCCACCUGUCAGUGUCAAUGCCAGCUGUCAGUGCUCAUCAGUGCCUACCAGUGCACAUCAAUGCCACAUAUCAGUGCUCAUCUGAGCUGCCUUUCAGUGUUGCCUAUCAGUGCCAGUCAGUGCCACCUAUCAAUGCCAGACAGUGCCAGUCAGUGCCAUAUAUGAGUGCUGCCUUUCAGUGAACAUCAGUGAUG